AUGGCAAUGAAUCUUCUGGAAGAUGACCAGGAGUGGACUGCAGUAAUUAAGGAGGUAUGUGUAUUUGCUUCUAGGCGUGCCCUGCGUGUGCUGUUUGCAACUGCUUUACUAUUUGCUAUAGUUGCUGACCCUACAGCUCUUUGGCUUCAGUUUUGUGGCUACCUCUGCGAUGAUCUGCAUUACUGGCUAGGUCAGAUGCCCUUUACGCCGGCUUAUGAGGGUGUAGAGUUUGAUUUCAGCCUGUAUCUGCUGAAUUGGGAGCUCUGUUCUCACAACUGUCAGCUGUCAGAUUUUAAUUUGCCGCGCUUUACAACUGAUUAG